AUGUCUCGCACGCACCACACGAUUGAUCCCGAACGCGCUCUUUUUGCUACCAAGACAUGCCCUAGGAUGAUCCACGGGAAGCCAUUGACGAGGACACAGUGGGAGGAGUUGGAGUUGUCCAGAUCCGGCCUUCCAAUGGCAAGGGCGAUAUGCAUUGAUAGUGUAUUAGGACGGAAUGUGCGUACGAAGCUUUCUGUCUUCACGAGUAUGACAAAACGGAACGUCAACGUUGUCCAAUGCCAACUGGUACUCGUCGUUGAUAGGGCAUUAGGCGCCGGACCUUCCUCCCCCACCUUCCAAUCCUUCUCAACAUCAGAUCGAAGCUCAGCGCGACUACGAAAUGUCCCUCAACCCCCUUUAUUCGUACAUUUGACAAACAAGAUGGCGAGUGGGUGCUGUACACGUUGUUUACAACGACUGGUAGAGCCUCUCCAUCCUCGACCUCUAAGCACUCAGGUCUCCCGAACGUAA